CCUCCACUCUACCGAAGGAAGAUCCUUUUUAGAGCACAAACGGCUGCAAGCUCAGAGCUGCAUGCCAGUAAUUUAGUGUGUGCAGUGCAGAUUUCCUGCCCACUCAACCAUUUGACACUCAUCUCUUUAUGGUGUGUUGCUGCGUAAGGGCAGAUGAUGUGUGAACAGUGUCAGUAAGGUCUUGUUUCUGUGCUAAUAAAGUGUAGAAAUGGAGGAAGAUCAAGUGCCAAACAACGAUUCCCCUCAAGUCACAGAUUUGAGGAAGGUGCAUCGUAAAUCUGAAACCAAACGGUACAGUGAGAUCUUCAGAGACUUUGAUAAUCUCGAUUUGUCUUUAAUCCCUGCCGAAGGGGAGGAUCUGCUGGCAGACACUGACUCACAGUCCAUUUCAGAAUCUGUCUCUGCAGAAAGUACAGAGCAACAAGAUGUGUCUAGUGAAGAUACAUUUAGUCCACAGAAACAUGCUGAGACCAAUGAAGUGGAUGGAAACCAAUCAGCCCAGGAAGCAGACCUGGCCCUCUGUCGCUGUGAGGAUGGAGUGGAGACAGCGUUGCAGUACGCCAAGAUGUGGUGUCGCUAUGCUAAAGACCUCCUGGCCUGGAUGGAGAAGAGAAUCAGCUUGGAACAAGAAUUUGCAAAAAAUGUGAUGAAGACAGCGGAAGGAGCAAAAACUAAUGUGACGCAGCAGGAAAUGAUGCCCCUGCAGUACAUCUACACAAUGGCGCUAGAGCAAGACAUCAAGAACAGCGUGACGUCCAGAAAGACAGCAGAACUGCUACAAAACCGCUGUUACCAAGCUUUGGCUGCAAAGAAGAAUGAGAUCGACAAGUGGCGCAGAGAGUUCAAGGAGCAGUGGGCAAAGGAGCAAAGGAGGAUGAAUGAAUCAGUGACAGCUUUGAAAAAGGCUCGUCAGCAAUACUACCAGCGCAGUGAUGAGCUAGAAAAGGCUAAAGCUGUCUCUGCUAAAGCGGUGGACGACACAGCUGGAAUCAAAACACUGGAUAAGAGGCGGAAGUCCAAGGAUGAAGCCCAGAGUAAGAGGAUGGAGGCAGAGCUUCAGUACAGGCAGUGUGUGAAUGAUGCCAAGUUGCAGCAGGAUGAAUUAGUGAAGGUCAAAGAAAGAAUUGUCGCCCACAUUCGCAAGCUUAUCUGCCAGGGAGACACCGUGCUCAAGGAGGCCACAGUCAACAUGUUUUACUACCAGCGGCAGCAAACAGAGCCUGUUCCCCUUGGCUAUCACAACCUGGAGAUGACAUGCAGAUCCCUGGAGCCCGGUGAGCCCUACCUGCUCUACAUCCUCAGCAAACGUCGACCUGAACACCAUCUUCAAGUCUUUGCCUUCCAGGAGUACGUUCCUCAGGGCAAAGGGCACAAACGGAAAACCAGCAACAAUCUCAGCUCUCUGCACGACUCUUCCCCCAUUACAGAUGACAGCACUCACAGACGAUCAAACGACUGCAGGAAAACAGGGCACAGUGACAGUGAGAGUAUUGGAGGCAGUUUGGAAUCUCUGUCCAGCCCCGCUCACACUAACAGAAGGCUACCUAAAACCACAUCCACUUUGACAAUGUCGUCAGAUGACUUGGACGACCGGGAUAUUGCAUCAGAAUCAGAGUGCAUUGAUGGUCAGCCAGUCAAAGUGCGCACAGUCUCACGAGCUGCACUGACACACCGACUCAAGAAGAUGAAGAGCAAAAUGGUCAAAUGCAAGCAGUGUGACAACUACAUUGUUGUCAGUGGGAUUGAAUGUGAGGAGUGUGGACUCGCUUUGCACAGGAAGUGUAUGGAGGUGUGUCAGCAAGAGUGUGAGCACAGGAAGGGGAGCGUGUUCGGAGUUGACCUCUCCCUGCUGCCACGUCACAGGCCUGAUGAUGUGCCCUUUGUGGUGCUGCUCUGCACGUCUGAGAUUGAGAGUCGCGCUCUCUCCGUCCAGGGGGUGUAUCGUGUGAGCGGCUCCAAGCCUCGUAUCCAAAAGCUCUGUCAGGCCUUUGAGACGCAAAAGGAGCAGGUGGACCUCUCUGAUCUGUCACCGCAUGACAUCACUUCUAUCCUUAAACACUUCCUCAAGGAGCUCCCGGAGCCCUUACUAACCUUUGACCUGUACAAUAACUUCAUCACGGUGGGAAAGACUGUUCAGAACCUGAAUGAAAGGGAACAGACUACGGACACUAAUGAGAUAAUGGACAUUGUUCACAACCUACAAAAGCUACUACAGAAACUCCCUUCGUAUAGUUACACAACCUUGCAGCACCUGAUGUCUCACCUGCAAAAAGUUUCAGAGAACGAUGAGAACAAGAUGUCCCCUAGCAAUUUGGGUAUUGUGUUUGGGCCAACUCUAUUGCGCCCUCUUGUGUCUAUGGACAUGCCAAUGAUUGCCCUGCUGGAAAACAGUUACCAGGCAUUGCUUGUUGAGUUCCUCAUCACACACUAUGACAAGGUUUUUGGCUUUCAGCGAAGAUCCAGCACACCUACUCCCCCAGCCCCUACUGCACCUCUUCCACACACCCCUCCAAGAGCCUCCUGUCUGCUGGAUGGAGAAGUUGAUGCCAGCUCGGAUCAUGAAACCUCCUCCAGAGAGCAUCCACACUUAUUAGAAUGCCGGGCAAUCAAGAGAGAGUCAAGCGAAGGUUAUAUAUCUGACAAGUCUUCAUCCAAUGAGGCAGUGGACAAGCUCAGCUCUGAAGCCAGUGAGAGAGCAGUCAUGGCUAUGAGAGGGGCUUUGAGCCAUCCCCAGGGUGAGCCGGUGGGAGAACCAGAGUCUGAUUUGGGGACCCAACCACAGUAUCGCUUCACCAGACAGCCUGUGAAGUAUUACCGGUCAGGAUCCCGACCCCCCAACCCUGGUCGUGCAGCCAGACAGCCUGCAACCUCAGCAAGGGGCAGACCAGGGAGUGCAGACAGCAGCCGCAGCUCCUCUCCGGAGCCAGGGACACAGAGACUUUUCCAAAACUUAGAUGUCCACUGUGAGAACCCCUGGGGGCCCCACCAGGCUGCCGCCACCACUGCAGAGGGUAAAGCUGACGUCCCAAUGAGCCCCCGCGAGGUUGUACAGUACAUGCUGGGACUGGACUCAAAAUUAACAGCUGCAACUGUGACAUCAUACAGUACAACACAGGAGUCUCCUCAAGAAGUGACGGCUGGGUGUCAGACUAAUCGGAACACAAAUCUGCCCUACGACAGUCGGAGAGGUGGGCAGAGUCAGGCUCUGUGUCAGUCACCAAAGACACUUCCUGGUGACCAUAACUUGUCCUUGACAGCACAGAAGAUCCUGUCUGGCCUGAAGCUGAGACGCAGUCACUCAGGGAAGGACGAGCAGCUGUUUGUCUGAGGGAAAACAGAACAGAACAGAGAGUUUACUGGGACACAUUCACACACAAGUCAUUAAUAUCACCUUUGUUGUGUGUGACAACUGCUAGUAUCAUCAUCGUUCAUGCAGCUUUUGCAUAUAUACAUAUCUAGUCUAUUUAACCUGAAUUACUCAGAUCAAGAUUCAGUUACCAAAAGUUAAAUGUGUCAAACUCAUAUCUAAGUCAAUUGGAUGCCAUUACCACUAAUCCCCUUUAAGAUUUUGAUCUUCUGAUUGUCCAGCUGUCUAAUACUCAUUCCAGACACCAGAGUGCUUCACAUAUUUAUCAAUUUUCAAUGUUUUUUAGCGUACUUGAAUGUAACAAGCAGGUAAUUAAGAGAUGCAAACUAGCACAUAAAUAUCAGGUUCUGUUCAAGUUCUUUUGUUUUGUGGUUUCUUUAAUGGUGGAAUUUUUUGUAGUACAAAAAGAUAUGCCUUCUUUGAUGUUGUCGUGAAAUGAUCAUUUCACUGAUAGUUUUUGUUUCGGGCACCUUUCCUCUUUUGGCACAAGGGGGCGAUCUUCUCCCAGUGUGUGAGUGUGUGUGUAUGUGUGUGUGUGUGUGUGUGUGUAUUGCCAGACACAAUAGU